AUGCCCCAUUGUCUUGUGACUUGUGGUUCCUUGGAGGUAUUAAAGUUGAAUUCAAAGGAACGUGGUCUAAGGUUGCCAAAAACAAUGGUGUUUCCGUCACUUAGGGUUCUUGGUUUGACGUUUGUUGAUAAAUUGGAGGACGCAGAUUUGGUUAAAAAUUUUCUCAAAAAUUACCCAUUGCUUGAGGAUCUGACUUUGUCAGACUGCGUGAUAUUCAAAUUCGAUCUUCUUUGUAUUUCAUGUCAGAAGCUCAAGAAGCUUACCAUUAUUAACAUGUACAAUGGUAAUUAUGAUGGUGUCCAGUGUGGUGGCAUUAAGAUUUGCUGCCCAAAACUGGUGGAUUUGGAGUUAAGAGGUCUUAUAGCAAAUAAUUUUUUCUUUGAAUGUCUAGACUCCUUAAAGAAAGCUGUGAUUGAGCCUAAAUUGGUGGGGAACAACAAAUGUGUAUUGUUUCCUGGAAUUUCUAGUGUGGAAUCUUUGUGGAUUGACCCUUACUUCUUCAUUGAGUGCAUUACUGCUGCAUGUGAUCCAGUUCUACCAAACCUGAAGACUUUGGUGCUAAGCACAACUAUGGAUGCCUUCACCUUCGAUAACUUCAACCAAAUUCUCAAAUAUUAUCCCAAACUGGUGUCUCUCAAGUUGGUCAUUCAACAGGAUUUUCAUGGGAGUGAUGGGACGGAAUACGGAUGGUUAGAUGAAGAUGAAACAUGGAGUCUCUUGAGUAAUGAUGUGAAAAGGGUCAAGUUUUUUGAAUUCAAUGGAGAAAAACCAAAAGUAGUUUUAGAGUGGUUUGAAGAUAUAUUGGAUAUGUUUUUCAGUUGGGGUAAUGAAGCAAGGUUCUCUAAUUGCCAUUGGUGA